AUGGAGGAUUGUGUUAGGUAUUGUGGUUUGGGUGGGGGGGGGGUAUUUGUUGGUAAUGGGUGUGGGGUUGUGGGUGGGGGGGGUGAGUGGGGAGGUGGGGGUUGGGGGGGGGAUGGGUGGUUUGUGUUGGUGUGGGUGGGGGGAGUGUGUGGGUGGUGGUUGAGUGGUGGUGUUUUUGGGGGGGUGAUUAUGGUUGUGGGGGUGGUUGGGGGGGGUUGUUGGGUGGGGGUGGUUUGGGUGGGGUUGGAUGGGGGUUUGUUGGGGGAGUUGGGGGGGGGGGGGUAUGUUGUUGGGGGGGGGUUUUGUGGUUGUGGGUGGGGGGGGUGGUGGGUGGUGGGGGUUUGUUUUGGUUUGGUGUGGGGGGGGGGGGGGGGUGUGUUGGGGUUUGAUUGUGGUAUGGGUGUGAUGGGGGUUUGUGUGGUGUGUGUGUGGUGGGGGGUUGUGGUGUGGUGUUGGUUUUGUGUGGGUUUUUGUUGUGUUUGUGGGUUGGUGUUUGGUGGGUGGGGUUGGGUGUGGUUGUGUAUGUUUGUUAAUGAUUGGGGGGGGGGGGGGGUGGUGGUUGUGGUGGUGUGGGGAGGGAUGGUGUGGUUGGGUGGGUGGGGGGUUGGGGGGUGGUUGGGUGGGGGGGUUGUGGUGGGGUUGUUUUUUUUGGUUGGGGGGGAUGGAUGGAGUUGGGGUUGUGUGUUUGUGGUGGUGGUGGGGGGUGGGGGGGUCGGGGGGGGGUGUGUGGGGUGGGGGUGUGUGGUGUGGUGGGUGUUUGGUGUUUUGGUUGUUGGGUUUGGGGUGGGGGUGGGGGGUUGGGGGGUUGGGGGGGUGGGGGGGGGGGGUUGUUGUUGGUUUGUGGGGGGGGGGUUGGGUUGUUUUGUGGUUGUUUGGUUGGGGUGUGUUGUGUGUGUUUGUUGGUGGUGGGGUUUGGGGUUGGUGUGGGGGUGGGGGGGGUUGUGUGGUGGGUUGUUUUUUGGUGGGGUUUGUGUUGGGUGGGUUGUGUUGUGGGGGGUGUGGGGGGGUGGGGGGGUGUGUGUGGGGGGGGUGGGGGGUGUGGGGGGGGGGGGUUGGGGUUUUGGUGUUGGGGUGUUGGGGGUGUGGGGGGUUUGUGGGUUUGGGGUGGUGGGUGUGUUGGUUUGUUGGGGGGUGUUGGUUUGGGUGUUGGGGAGUUUUGGUGUGGUGUGGUGGGUGGGGGUUGGUUGGGGUGGGGUUGUAGUUUGGGGUGGAGGGUGUGGGGGUAGGGCCAUCUUGUCCUGGUUACCAUGGGGACGCUGGGGUGUGUCCACGGACUGGCCUGCAGCCGUCCUAGAGGAGGCCGAGCUCACUAUGGAGCAGCAGAUCAAGACCAUGGCUCAAGACCAGAUUCAGACCAAACUGAACCAAUCAGGAGCCGCCUGGAGAAAGUGGGAGGAGCUGGAGAGAGAGUUACUCCUGGACCAGAACCAAGAACCCAAACAAACGGAGAGCCCGGUCCUCAUGAGCUCUCUCAGCCACGGCGACGGCCGAGACGUGUAG